CUUUUUGUGAUGCGGAUAUUCAACGUCAUGCCAGUAGUUUUCCUAGCAUUUCUACUUUCCAUAGCUCAUGGCUAUGUAUUCGAAGGACAAGAUUCAGGAGAUGUAGAAUUCUUCCUCGACGAAGACCCUGCACAAUACAGAGGCUUACUGUUCUACAACCAAGAUCAAUAUGAUGAAAUUAUUGAUCAAAUGAUUCUUAAAAUUCAAACCAUCUUUGAAGACCCAUUUGAUCAAAAUUUUACAGGCGAAUCCUGGAUCCAAGGAAUCCCAUCAGGACCUCAAUUAAUGAGAAUUGAUAUGAGGAAUAUACACUUGGCAAGGAUAGUGGAGCACAAUGAAAUCACUGAAAAUCCUGCGAUUGUCUUAUUUGAUGAGAAUGAUUUAAUGACAAAUGAAGUUAUCACCAAUGAGACAUACAAUAAUUUGAAAUUACUCUUGACAAAUAUGACACUGGAUCUUCCUGUGCUGCCUCUGCCAGUUCCAGAGCCAGUUUCAGAGCAGGUUCCAGAGACAAAAGAAAACAUUGAAGUAGUUCCAGCUUCUGAGAAUAUGAACUCAAUUGAUGAAAGUUCACCUAUGAAUUGUCCAGCUAUAGAAUGUCCAGUACCAGAACCGUGCCCAGUAGCUCCUUCUUGAACACCAGUUCCUUGAAUUCCUUCUGGUCCAAGUCCUCUAGAUAUAGAGUCUAAAUGCCAAUCUGCUCUAGAAGCUUCUCAGGAAGCUGCUACAAAAGCUAAGGAAGCUUAUGAAGAACUUAAGCAAGAGUUCGAUCAAUACAGGAAAGCAGUGCAAGCUGAGAAAGAAACAACCCAAGCUCGUUGUCAGAGAGGUGAAGAUAUCGAUUCAGUAGAAGAGGCUAGGAAGGAUAUCGAUUUGUUCAUAAAGAUUAAGGAUUCUUUACAUGCAUUGGAAACAAUGAAAAGAGAAGCUGUUGACCUGGAAGCGAAUCUUAAAGGAGCUCAGAAGCAGAUUGACUAUAGAAUGGACGACUGGAUGAGAAAAUAUGAAAGAGAUUAUAUUAAUGUACAAGAACGAAAGAUAAAGAACGCGGAAAGAAGAAGCUACAAUGAUGGAUACGACCAAGGAUAUGACCAUGGGCAUGAUGAUGGGAAAAGAGAAGGAAAAUACCAAGGUAUUGAAGAAACUAAAAAGCAGUUUAUUGAUAAUCUUAGAAACAACCAGACUAAAACUGCAAAGGAAUAUAAGGAAGAAUUUGGUGUAGACAUCAUUGGACAACCCAGACUCAUAGGAUCUCGAUUGGUCGAAAAAGGUGAGCCUCACGACCCCAUCAUUAUUGAUGAAUAUGAACUAGGGGAUCCUUUUAACCCAAUUUUUAACCUCAGAACAAUUCCAUUUAACUCCACUGAGUUCUACGGGCCAAAUUCUACCUUCUUCUACCCUCACGAUAAUCCGUUGCCUUACAACUCAUCCCACUUCCAUAACAAGACCUCUUCCUUACCGCCACCUCCGCCUUUCCACUCGAGGAACAUUACUGAGAAUCACCAUUCUCCGUUCCAAGAAAACCAUUCAAGGUCUCCUAGCUAUUCAAGCUAUCCAAGUUAUUCUGCGCAUCCGAAUCAUAGGCCAGCUCAGACUGUUGCUCAAAAUUCAAAUAGGUCCCAAAGACAGUCUUCGAGAUCUCAUAAUUCUGUACCUAUCCCAAAACCUACACCGGCAAAGCCAAAUUCACACUCGAUUCCAAAGCCAACGCCUGCGACACCAACGAAUAUUCCAAAGCCGACUCCAGCUAGGCCAGCUCAGAGCAGGAGUAAUCCAAGUAAGUACUAAUUGAAUGAGGAAGUAAAACCAUUCAAUUU